AUUUUGUGGCAAAAGUAUUGAAUAAUUGGGUUCAAUAUUAUUACAUAUUUUUCGGUAAACGAGACAAAAAUUGCUUCAAUUGUCACAACGAAUUUCAUUACGAUUUCGACGAUUAUCCGUAGACAAUGCCAUCGCGUGAGGAGACGAUCAUCACCGACGAGAAGCGUUGCUCAACGCUGUCAUCGCGCGCUUCUUCGGUUGAUUCUUCGUAUAACAUAGAGGAAGACGACGGACACGACCCUCAAUACCAGGACUCAAUACAGCCGAGCCUUAACUUCUCGCGUCUGGCCUACAAUUUGGCGCAAUUUAACGAGACAUACAAAGUGAUGGACAGGAAGUCGGGCUCCGGUGGACAAACCCGGAGGGUUAUGGCAGCCGUGCGACCCACUUGUUCACCCGAUACCAUGAAAAGGACCCUGAAGUCCGUGCUUCCAAUCACCGAUUGGCUCUAUAACUACAACUGGAAGUCCGAUUUCAUUGCCGAUUUGGUGACCGGUAUUACUAUUGCUGUGUUUCAAGUGCCGCAGAGUAUGGGUUAUAGCCUAUUAGCUCAUGUGAGCCCUGUGUACGGCUUGUAUUCAUCUUUCUUCCCGGCGCUUAUCUAUUCAUUUAUGGGUUCAUCGAAACACUCAGCAAUCGGUACUUUCGCGAUCGUGUCUCUCAUGACUGGAUCCGUAAUCACUGACAUGAAUGCGUCCAAUGCUAACCCGAUUAUCAACCAAACUCUGAUCAACGGAUCAACAACACCCGGAUCAGUUCAAAGGCAAUACUCAAACAUACAAAUGGCAUCAAUGAUUGCGCUACUGAUAGGCAUAUAUCAGCUAUUGUUUGGUAUAUUUCGUAUGGGCUUUGUC